GGGAAGGGGUAAGAUGGCGGAGUAGCCGCGGCCGGCGUGGCUUGCGCUCCGUGUGCCGCGUCCCCGGGCAGCAGGCGGGUGGAUCCCCGCGCCGCAGCGGGCCGCGGUGCGAGGCGGAGCGGGGGGCAGGAGGAGGGGAGGGAGGUGGAGGAGAAGGAGAAGGGCAGCGUCCCCGCCGCCGCAGCCGCCGCUAUGCCCAACAUCAAGAUCUUCAGCGGGAGCUCGCACCAGGACCUGUCGCAGAAGAUCGCCGACCGCCUGGGCCUGGAGCUGGGCAAGGUGGUCACCAAGAAGUUCAGCAACCAGGAGACAUGCGUGGAAAUAGGAGAGAGCGUACGUGGGGAGGACGUCUACAUUGUGCAGAGUGGCUGUGGUGAGAUCAACGACAAUCUGAUGGAGCUUCUUAUCAUGAUAAAUGCCUGUAAGAUUGCCUCAGCCAGCAGAGUCACAGCUGUCAUACCCUGCUUCCCUUACGCUCGGCAGGACAAAAAGGACAAGAGCCGAGCUCCAAUCUCUGCCAAGCUGGUUGCAAACAUGCUGUCUGUGGCAGGUGCAGAUCACAUCAUCACCAUGGACCUGCAUGCAUCUCAGAUCCAGGGUUUUUUUGAUAUCCCCGUUGAUAACUUGUACGCUGAGCCUGCUGUGCUGAAGUGGAUCAAAGAGAACAUCGCAGAGUGGAAGAACUGCACCAUCGUUUCCCCGGAUGCUGGUGGAGCCAAGAGAGUGACCUCCAUUGCAGAUCGAUUGAAUGUAGACUUCGCCCUCAUUCACAAGGAGCGCAAGAAGGCCAAUGAGGUGGAUCGCAUGGUGCUGGUGGGUGAUGUGAAGGACAGAGUGGCCAUUCUGGUAGAUGACAUGGCAGACACGUGUGGCACCAUCUGUCAUGCUGCAGACAAGCUCGUGUCAGCUGGAGCCACCAAAGUUUAUGCCAUCUUAACUCAUGGUAUCUUUUCUGGGCCGGCAAUAUCUCGGAUCAACAACGCCUGUUUUGAGGCAGUUGUAGUCACAAACACAAUACCCCAGGAGGACAAGAUGAAGCAGUGUCCUAAAAUCCAGGUGAUUGACAUCUCAAUGAUCCUCGCGGAGGCCAUCAGGAGGACUCAUAAUGGGGAAUCUGUCUCCUACCUAUUCAGCCAUGUCCCUUUAUAACAACAGAUGCCAGCUGCUGCUUGUA